ACCUUUAGGUUAUGCCUGGCCCCACAGACUUCCAGCAUCGUCAAAGUUGUCUCAUUUUAUGUAAUGAUAAGAAACUGUGUGGUCAUUGUGUGCAUACGGAACCACUGAAGGCGGUAAAAGAAGAGGGAAAUUUGAAACUGGGCGGCGCUGUUGGCUACAGCUGUUGACAUGACACUCAGCUAAUUCAUCUGUACCUCGAUGAAUACAUCGUUUAUUCUUAUGUGUAACGAAGAGACUGACUCAUAAUGGAUCACUUCAGGGAUCAGAGUCUAAAUCUGGACUCUCCAUCUAAACAGAGUUAUGUUGGCAGUUUUUACCAGCCUCCGGAGACACUGUCAAGACCUCUGUACAUAAACGCAGCCACACAUUCACUCGACAGAAAGAGCUCAGGUGUACAGGACAUCAGCCCACAACUUUAUCAGACAGUACCUGAUGCUGGAAGCAGAGCAGUGAUAGCAGCCCUGAAAACACUGCAGGAGAAGAUGCGACGCUUGGAGCUGGAGAGAGUUCAGGCAGAGAGGAACGUCCAGCAUUUUUCUCACACUGUUCAACAACAGACGGAUGCUUCUGUAAGGAGAAAACUGGAUCUCAGCACACACAAGAAUCACUCCUCACAGAGGAAAGAGCUGGUUUCUAAGCUUGACUCCGCAGAAACACGCUGCUCUCUACUGGAGAAACAGCUCGACUACAUGAGCAAAAUGGUGGCGUGUGCAGAGAAAGAGAGAAUCAGUCACCCAGUCAAGCAGGAUUCUGUGUAUAGGGAAAGCACACAUACAGACCCACAAAUGCAGGCCCAUCUCAACAAAUUGGAAAGACUGGAAAAGGAGUAUCUAAGACUCACCAGUACACAGUCUGUGGCUGAGAGGAAGAUUGAGCUCUUAGAACAGAAACUUCUAGAGGAGCAACAUGAACGCAAACUUGUGCAAGAGAAAGCAGAGGAGUUGCAGCGAGAGCUUGAAAACAAUCUCCUCUCGCUUUCUGCUGUGACUCAGCCUAAAUGCAAGAAAAAGAAGAAAGAAAAGGCCUCUUGCAAGAAGCCCUCCUCAGUGAAGGUGGAUGCGCCCACCACUCCUAAGGCUAAACGCCUCCCAUUUGUGGCUGGAACAUCGACCAGUCCCAGCCACUCAGUCAAUGCCAAUGUUCAGAGUGUGUUGCACCUGAUGAAGCACAGAAACCCACGUCUGUGUGAGAGAGUCACCGCACUGCAAAAGUCAGUUUCUGAGAACCAGCGGGCCCAGCGCAGACCUCCGUCCUCCCCCAGCAGAGCAGCUGCUUCACUGGGCAGCCUCUCUGAUCUUCUGCUCGCCCUACAGGAUGAACUAGGACAGAUGAGCUUUGAACACCAGGAACUGGUCAAGCAGAUAGAUGAAACCUCUAAACGAGAGCUUCGUGAUGAUUUAGAGCGAGAGCUGGACUCUCUGGUCACGAGAAUGGAAGAGAAAGCAGCUCAAAUCUCCAAACUGCGCAAACAUCAGCAAACAGUUCAGAAACUCUCCCAGCCAUCCUGUAGCCCCAGGCAGAAGCCACGUAGGGCUGCCAGUGUAGAGGGAAAAACCAGGACACAGAGUGGAGUACAGCCUUUGCCACCGUCCCCUGUCAAAGCCUCAGCCAGCAAGGGACAGAAACAGAGCAGGAGCAGUCAAGAGUCCCUGAGGCUCCUCAAAGAGACACAGAAACUGUGCUCCAGCCUCCGCAGACAGGACAUCGCAUGGGAGACGUAGGUACAUUGCCCUGAAACACACAUCUGGGGCUUAGAAGAAUUGCAGCAGCCUGAAGACACAGGAAUGAUACAAAAUCUGUCCUUUGUCCUGAUUCAUCAACAUCUAAACUCAGAUUUUACUCAAAAACCUAUAUAACUCUCUGUUUAAUGAGAUUUUUCAUUGGUUUUUAUUUCCGUUAAUAUUUUUGUUUGAAUAAUAAGUUGGAAAU